GCUUCAAUUCCAAUUCAAGCAUACCAAACUGCAAGACAAAGCAAAAACAAAAGAAAAACUGGGAGAAAAAGCCAACGGCUUUUACAGAGGAGGGUUUCUCCUAUUGGUUUGGUUGGAUGGGCCCGCACUUGUCGUAGACUUCAAAUCGCAGAUUUAGAACGCGGGGACGCGUAUAUAAUGAGAAGGGUCUCUGCCUGCUGCUUCACAAGCCUUUUCUCCGGGAUUCACAGAAAGCACGAUAACAAGAACAAGCAUACCCAGAGAACCAGGAAAACUAUGGAGAACCCCACGAACAACGCCGGUGACCAGGUGGAGCCGCUUCAUGAGUCCAAGAGCUCCCAAAUUGUGGAAGGAAACACAAAUGACUCAAAUCGCAGUCAUGCUAGGAAUAUCAUACUAAACCAUGACUUCUCUGAAGAGCUGCAUUUGUGGCAUCCCAACUGUUGUGAUGGCUUUGUUGUUUCAGCCAAGUCAGAUUACCCAAAAGGAAUAUCAGAAAAUUCAGGUGGUAAUUAUGCAGUUGUUACAAACCGCAAGGAAUGCUGGCAGGGCUUGGAACAAGAUAUCACUGCCAGGGUUUCCCCAGGUUCCACUUAUACAGUUUCUGCCGAUGUUGGAGUAUCAGGGCCUCUUCAGGGAUCUACUGAUGUUCUUGCAACUUUGAAACUAGAAUACAGAGGCACAGGGACUAGCUACUUGUUCAUUGGAAGAACUUCCGUGUCUAAGGAGAAGUGGGAAAAGUUCGAAGGCACUUUCUCAUUGUCAACCAUGCCAGACCGGGCUGUAUUCUAUUUUGAAGGACCUCCUCCUGAAAUUGACCUUCUUGUCAAGUCAGUAGUGAUCGUGUGUUCCUGCCCAAGUGAGAGUGUGAGUCAUGGAUGUUUCACCGCUGGAGACGAGAAUAUCAUUCUAAACCCCAGAUUUGAGGAUGGCAUGAAUAAUUGGUCUGGAAGAGGCUGCAAGAUUGUUUUACAUGAUUCUAUUGCAGAUGGAAAAGUUGUUCCACAGUCUGGAAAGUAUUUUAUAUCUGCAACAGAGCGCACACAGACCUGGAAUGGAGUUCAGCAAGAGAUCACUGGAAGAGUGCAGCGAAAGCUUGCUUAUGAUGUGACUGCUGUUGCUCGGAUAUUUGGUAACAAUGUCACUAGUUCUGAUGUGCGAGUGACUUUGUGGGUCCAAUCACCAAAUCAUCGUGAUCAGUAUAUUGGCAUUGCGAAUGCUCAGGCAACAGACAAGGAUUGGGUACAGUUGCAGGGGAAGUUCCUUUUAAAUGGUUCUCCAUCAAGAGUUGUCAUAUAUAUUGAAGGUCCCCCUUCGGGUACUGAUAUCCUCCUGAACAGCUUAAUUGUAAAGCACGCAGAGAAAACACCCCCUUCACCUCUACCUGUUAUUGAGGAUCCUGCCUUUGGAGUUAAUAUAAUUGAGAACAGCAAUCUAAGUGAUGGCAGCACCAAUGGGUGGUUUCCCCUUGGUAAUUGCACUUUGAGCGUUGGUACUGGUUCACCACAUAUAUUUCCACCAAUGGCAAGAGAUUCCCUUGGAGUUCAUGAACCUUUGAGUGGUCGCUAUAUCCUUGUGACCAAACGGACUCAGAAUUGGAUGGGUCCUGCUCAAAUGAUCACAGAAAAACUGAAACUCUUUUUGACAUACCAAGUGUCUGCUUGGGUUCGGAUUGGUUCUGGAGCUUCUGGUCAACAAAAUGUGAAUGUAGCACUAGGUGUGGACAAUCAAUGGGUCAAUGGGGGACAAGUUGACGCCAAUGGUGGUAGAUGGUAUGAAAUUGGUGGUUCCUUCAGAAUUGAGAAGCAACCGUCCAAGGUUAUGGUUUACAUUCAAGGCCCCGCUCCAGGUGUCGACUUAAUGGUUGCUGGACUCCAGAUUUUCCCUGUUGACCGACAAGCAAGGUUUAGAUAUUUACGGAGGCAAAUCGAUAAGGUUCGUAAGCGUGAUGUCAUUCUGAAAUUCUCAGGAGUGGAUUCAGGUGGUUUUUUUGAUACCUUUGUCAAAGUCAUACAAACUCAAAACAUUUUUCCUUUUGGGACAUGUAUAAGCAGAACAAACAUUGAUAAUGAAGAUUUUGUCGAGUUCUUUGUAAAAAAUUUCAACUGGGCUGUGUUUGGCAAUGAGUUGAAGUGGUACUGGACAGAACCACAGCAAGGAAAUUUCAACUACCAGGAUGCUGAUGAGAUGUUAGACUUGUGUAAGAAGCAAAACAUAGAGACUAGAGGUCAUUGCAUCUUUUGGGAAGUGGAGGGUGUGGUCCAGUCAUGGAUCCGCUCACUGAACAAUAAUGACUUGACAAAAGCUGUCCAAAAUCGUCUAACAGGUCUUCUCUCACGCUACCAAGGGAAGUUCAGGCACUAUGAUGUUAACAAUGAGAUGCUGCAUGGUUCCUUCUAUCAAGAUAGACUCGGUAAGGAAAUCCGAGCAAACAUGUUCAAGACUGCACACCAACUAGAUCCGUCUGCCCUCCUAUUUGUGAACGAUUAUCACAUUGAGGAUGGAUGUGACACCAGAUCAUCUCCAGAUAGGUACAUUCAACAUGUUAUUGAUUUGCAAGAGCAAGGAGCACCGGUUGGAGGUAUAGGAAUACAAGGACAUAUAGACAAUCCAGUGGGGCCAGUUGUAUGUUCAGCUUUGGAUAAAUUGGGUAUUCUUGGUCUUCCAAUCUGGUUCACAGAGCUUGAUGUGACUUCCAUCAAUGAACAUGUUAGAGCGGAUGAUUUGGAAGUGAUGCUUCGGGAAGCUUUUGCCCAUCCUGCAGUAGAGGGUAUUAUGCUAUGGGGGUUUUGGGAGUUGUUUAUGAGCCGGAACAAUGCGCAUCUAGUGAAUGCAGAGGGUGACAUUAACGAAGCCGGUAAAAGAUAUCUCGCUCUUAAACGGGAGUGGCUGUCUCAUACCCAUGGCUAUGUCGAUGACCAAGGAGAGUUCAGGUUUAGAGGCUUUCAUGGAACAUACCAUGUUGAUAUUGUUACUGAAUCCAAGACAUUUUCAAAGACAAUUGUUGUUGAUAAGGGUGAAUUGCCGCUGGUGAUAUCCAUAGAUUUAUAAGCUUGCUGCUUCAACUAAAAAUAAGGUACAUAUAUAAUGUACCAUAAUUCAUCAUAUGGUUGUGAUAUUGUACAAAUGGCUCUCUUGUGGCAUUGCUUCAUAAAUUUUAUCUUCCAAUGAAUAUAUAGAUAAUACGAUUGAUGUA